AGCUGUGAUAGAUAUAGUAGAAAUUUUCCUGUGCCAAUUGCAAAAGAAAAAUAAGAAACAGAACGAUAACAGGCAAGAAGCAGCAGAGGUAGAAGAAGCAGAAAGUAAUCGUUCCUGGAUUACUAACGAUCGGGGACUCGUAAUGAUGGAAUCGGUGAUAAGUGACAGCAAACAGUCACCGUCUGCUGAUGGGAAAAAAUUGAAACAAAGUCGUUUGCCUUUUCAAGUUCUCCCUGGUUCACCGGCAUCUCCAGGGCCGACCAUCGGAGAAUCUCGCAAGCGCAAACCCUCGGUUGAUCCGGCUGUUAUUGACGGUGGAACACGGGCAGCAAAAAUCGGUCGCAUUUCAGAAGUGAAGGAAAAUGUCAAGGACCAUGUCGGUGUACCGGAGGUAGUUGUUUUGGAUGAUGAGAGCAACAGUGCCGAUAUUGUAGAUGUUUGUAAAGAGGAUAAAAAGCUUGUCAUCGUGAAGGUAGAAUCACCUAGUACCGCCAAGCGGAAUGAAGCACCGGUGGACGAAGAAUGUGGUGAGACUGCUAAGACAAAUGAUAAGAUUAUGAUAAAAUUUCCUUUGAGUAACAAGAAAAAGGACAAAAAAGACGAUAAGGUUGGAAAGGAAGAGGGACCCGCUAAAAAGAAGGUACAUAAGGAAAAGAAAAAGCAGAAAAAGGAAACUAAGCCUAAAUUGGGAGAGGAGAAAAAAUCAGUUGAACAGAAGCCAACCAUUAUUGUUGAUGAUAGUGAUUUGUCCGAUGGGGGGAUGGAUGACGAUAAGGAGGCUGAAGAGUCCAUCGAUAAGAUGAAGGACAAGGGUAAGGAGGUUGAGCCUCCUGAAGACACGGCAGACCACGUCGAACCCGUGUCGAAAGAUGAGAAAAGUCAAGAGCAGCAAGUCUCCAAACCGGAAAUAAAGGAAAUAAUUCCUGACGUAAUCGUCGAUGAGGCAAUGAUAGAGGAAAAAAAAGAAACCGAAGAGCCGAAGAAGGAAGCAAAGCAAAAUGAAGUGGUCAAUCUUCGCCGGGGCAGAUCUUCGCGUGUAAAAAAAUCAAAAACUCCCGAAAAAGCUCAGCCAAAAGAGUCCGAAUCUGUUGAGUUACCCCCGCAGAAAUCAAAGUCUUCAAGUAAAACUACUUCAGUUAAGAAAAAUGCUUCCAAAAAGGAAGAAUCGCCCAAAACGACAAAAGCUCCGACAGACGAAUUAGACAAGAAACAGAUCUCAACAGAGUCUUCAAGUAAAACAACUUCAGUUAAGAAAAAUGCUUCCAAGAAGGAAGAAUCGCCUAAAGCGACAAAAGCUCCGACAGACGACUCGGACAAGAAACAGACCCGGGGAGCGUUGGAUAAAUUUUUCGCUAAGGUCGAUGCCACUAAAGCUGCAUCAUCUGAUGAGGCUGUAACUGCUGUGAAAAAAGAUGAUACAUCGACGGAAAAAGAACCAGCAGCCGAGAUUAAUCAGAAAACACCAGAAAAAGUUUCUUCGCAAGACAAUGGACCAAUGGAAACGGACGGUGAACCACCAGGCGAAACCAAGACGGCCGCUAAUAGUAGUGCCAUUAUCAGCAUCUGUCUUGAAGAAUCGUCCGAUGGGAAUAUGGCUGACGACGAAGAGAAUGCCUAUAUGUUAUGCACCCCUAAUACCAAGGAACGCAUGCUGUUAUCAGCUGAAGAGCAGAAGAAAAAGCUCACGCCAAAGCAGCUUGCGCGUCGUGCCGAGGCAGAGCGAAAGCAAGCACUCAAGCAGCAGGAGUUGGAAGAGAAAAAGCGCAAGAAACAAGAGGAGAAAGAUGCCCGUCAGCGUGAACGCGAAGAGCAAGAGCGUUUGAAGAAAAAAGAAAGAGAGGAGAAGGAAGAACAGAAGAAGAAGGAACGAGAAGAGAAGGAAGAGCAGAAGCGCAAAGAACGGGAAGAGAAGGAAAAGAAACGGCUGGCAGAACUGGAAGCAAAAAAUGAAGAAAAACGUAAAAGGGACGAGCAGAAAGAGGAAGAACGACGCAAGAAAGAAGAGGAGAAGGAAGCUGAAGAGAAGCGUAAACAGAAGACGGCUCAAGCGUUUCAGAGUUUUUUCGUGAAGAAAACCAAUGGCCGAGAAGGUAAACAGUCGGAAGACGAGAAUUCGAUGGAUCAGCAGCAGCUUGGAGAAGGUGAGGCGAUCCCAAAGCAGCAUAUUUUUAUGCCCUUCUGCGUAAAAGGUGACAUGCGGCUGGCUCCGUUGUGUCGCUGUUCGCUAGGAGAAGAGCGGAAAAAAUUGCUGGAUGAAAUAUUGAAAAAGUCUAACGAUGGAAAUGGAAACGAUGCUGAAGUUGUCACUGAUCGUAAGAAGCUCUAUUUAGCUCAGCUGAAGAACACGGGUUACAGGGCUGGUAAAAGUGAGAGAACCUGGAUAGCGCAGGAUGACGAACAGGAAGAGGAUGACGUAAUAGUUAUUGACGACACCGUUUGCCACCAAAUCGAGGUGGAUCCGGCUGCGGCGCCCGCUAAGCGAUAUCGUGCUAAAUACUUUUUGUUUGAGGAAAACCGUCGGCCACCCUAUCUGGGAACAUGGCGUAAGCGAAGUGCCAAAAUUCAGGCCCGCCGUCCGUUCGCUCAGGAUACGAAAUUUUUCGACUACGAAGUAGACUCCGAUGACGAGUGGGAAGAGGAAGAGCCCGGAGAAUCGCUGCAUGGCAGCGACGACGAGAAGGAUGUCGAUCCAGAGGAGGAUUACGAAGUGGAUAACGAUUUCUUUGUGCCCCAUGGGCAUCUUAGUGACGAGGAAAUGCAAGCGGAAGACGAUGUACUGGACGAUAAUAGCCCUGAAACACAGAAAGCCAAGCUUAAAAUUUUACAGCUGGAGUUUGCCGCCGAAAUGAAAAAGAAGACCGAAAAAAUUAAGCCCCGCUUGAUUGGUUGCAUCUGGGAGAAUCCAACCGGAAGCGAUGACCGUCCGGAGUGUUCUGUCGUGAUCUGGGACAUUUUGAAAGCGCGAGCGAUGUUGUUCGAUCCGGAAGAGCCAAUUUCGUUUACCGUUCAGAAAACCGAUCCGGAUUCUAAUCAAUCCUCACCCAGCAAGGAAAAGGAAUCAGUAGAAUUUCGAAUAAAAAAAGUCAAGCUGGUGGAUGAAGGGGUGAAAGAACUGAUACAAUUGGUUCACGGUUGCGCACACAAUAAACAGUUUUUGGUUAAGGAGUUCCAAGCAUAUUGGGCCAAGCGAAGGGAUGAGGGAGAAUUCGGCGUGCCGCUAUUCGCUCCCGAAAGCAUACGGACCAAGAUGGUGGAAAUUUGCUCUUGGAGACCUUGCCCAGACGAGGGUCCAAUGCAGAACAAGAUGUGCUGGUAUGUUCACAAGGAGGUGCUGAAAAAAUAUCAACUGACGGAUAUUUCAAUUCCAACCGAAUGGGAGUUUAUCCUGAAACCUAUUGCUAAGAGCAAGAAGGAAAAGAAGGAACGUAAGACGGAGACGGAGGAUCCAAAAGGUGUAGAGAAGGAAGAGAAAACACCACCGAAGAAGGAAUCGUCAGAAGAGAAGGAGAAGAAAGAACGUCUGCCACCGGCGGUACCUACUUCUGUCACAAAGCCGAAAACUCCCGCCGCCAGUAUCACCAAGUUCACGAAGAAACUCUCGGACGAUGACAAGCGAAAGCAAUUUGGCAAGAACCGGAAAAGCGGCGAACCAUCGACGACGUCCUCCAGCAAUAACAGUCCCCGCACGAAACCAGUCGUUGCUGCCACUAAAAGCAACUCUAAAGCUUCUCCAAAGGUGGCUACUAACUCACCCACUGCAGCCAAGGGAAUCGCGAAAGCAAACGGAAAGUCCCCGGUAGCAGCGGCGGUGCAACAACCGAAAAAGCGCAUCCAAUUAUUGAUGUCCGUUCCGAAGGGGCAGCCGAUAAACGAAUCGUUAAAAAACAAUCUUAUCAGUCAGUUUCUGGGGAAAGGAGGCGGCAGCAAAAGGAAGCCUGUGGAACCGAUGGAGGUUGAUCCUCCUAGCAGUAACGGCGCGGAUGAAGUUAUAGUGCUAGAUGAUUGAAAACAACUGCAAAAAUAUCUGUAAUUUAUUAAAUUCCGUCGUAUCUAUUAGCAGCCAGAGCCAGAAAUUGCGUGAAAAACCGCACCACAGGUUCUUUUCAACAAUAUUAUGUUAUUCGCAAAAGCUAUUUUUACUGUACCUAGUUUGUAGUCGCGUAUAUCUCUUUAAUAUAAUAGUUGCUAGUGCGCCUUUUUUCGCUGUUUUUCUCUCAUCUGCUUUUCCCGAUAUGUCAAGCACGUCACGCAGUUUGCGUUCCGAAUCCCCGCAAAUGCACACAACCAGAAGUGAUGAAUAUCCAAACAAUAAGCGGUGUGGUUAUCUUACCUAGCAAAUCGGUUUGAAACUUUUGUAAUCGAAUGGGAAAUGUAAAUUACCGAAAGAGAUGGUCUGAGCGGACAUAAAAAAAGAGUUGAAUAAACUUCAAUAAAUUUUACAUUAUAUACUAUUU